AUGCCGAGCAACUUCACUUUUAUUAGGAUCAUAAACUCCAGGUUUAAACCUCCGUCAGAUGAGAACGGCACCUGGGUGGCGGACCAGUGGUCGCCGUGCCAGGCCGACGCCCCGACGCAGGUGGACGCGGACGGCCUGUGCUCCGGACGCCGCUUCAGGAAUGUCAGCUGCCAGGUGGACGGCAUGGUCGUGCCCUCUCCCGGCGCGUGCCCCGACCCUGCCCCCGCCACCGUGGCCCCCUGCACCACCCUGUGCCCUCAGGGCUGCGUCGUCGGCCCCUGGGGUACCUGGUCGCCCUGCGAGACGUGCGAGGCGUCCAAGCACCGCACCCGCAGCGUAGUGGUGGCCCCGGCCCACGGCGGCGCCCCCUGCCCGCCCCUCAGCGAGUACCGCCUGUGCAUCGCCGACUGCAUGCAGAGCCCCGACGCCUCCCUCCCUGAGGACGCUAGGGAGCAGGAGCGGGAGCAGGAGCAGUGGGAGGAGGAGGAGGAGAAGGGGUCGUCCUCGGUGAGACUCCGCGUCGGGGAGUGGGGCGCCUGCACGAGCCUCCUCCCCGGCCAGGCUCCCUCGCCCUCGGCCGCCCCGGACUCGUCCCUCUACUUCGCGAGGGACCCCGACGCCACCGUGCCCGAGGCCUCCCGCGAAGUCGACCUCGGGCCCAGCAACGCCAUCUUGGAGGUGUACCCCCCCGAGGCUCUGAGGGCCGAGGAGGAGCAAGAGGAACAGGAGGAGGAGGAGCAGCAACAGAAGGACGCGGAGAGGAGCAAAGGGGACCCAGCAGCCACGGCGGAGCAGUGGCUUUUUUCACCAAUGUUAAAGCCCCUCGGCAAGGUGGGUCAUCGGGAAGCCGAUCUACCAAGCCAGUCUCAUGCGGAUCUUCCUCUGAUGUUGGUCAUGCAGGGAAGUCAUGCAGAUUUCGUCUUCGUAAGGAUGAAACGAUGCCUGAUCGGGCGUGGGCGUGUGGCUGCCCGAACAAGGACUUGCGUGGUGCCUCGGGACUGUUCUGUGGGCGACUGGUCGACUUGGUCCACCAUCAUCCCUGGCUGCGUGGCGCCAAGCGGUUUGGUGGUGCGUGAGGUGCGAGAGCGGAGGAGGACCGGCAAGGCCCUCCAGCACGGCGACGGCGUCCCUUGUCCGCAUCUCCUGGAGCGACACACCCUUCCUGACCCCAGUCUGCAACCCUGCGACACCAGGUACCAGUGGGUGAGCUCGGCUUGGGGACCGUGCGUGGCGAGCAUAGGCGUGGAGGAGGCGGCUGUGCGGUGUGGCGGGGGCGUGCAGACGAGGCAGCUGACGUGCGUGCGUGCAGCUGACCACGUGCCUGUUGCUGACGACCUGUGCGUGCACGUCGAGCCACCGCCGCGCGUCCAGAGGUGUGAGGUAGGCUGCGAGCGGGACUGCGUCGUGGGGCCGUGGUCAGCGUGGGGCGUCUGCACCCCGACUGACUGCACCGCCUCCCCUCCUCCCGCAACACCUGGCUUCCAGCGCCGCCGCCGGGAGAUUGUGGUGACCCCGAGCUCAGGAGGCGCCGAGUGCCCGCCGCUGGAGGAGCAGAGCGAGUGCCACGAGGCCCAGUGCCACCAGUGGGUGCUCGGGCCAUGGUCCUCGUGCGAAAUGGACAACCUGGCCCAUUCGUGCGGCCCGGGCCACCAGGCGAGGAAUGCCACUUGUCUCGACAGCGCCGGAGUGCCAGCGCCGACGGAGGAGUGCCGCGUGGAGCUGGGUCCGGCGCUGAAGGAGAGGGAGUGCCACGUGCCCUGCGCCUUCGACUGCGUGGUGGGAUCCUGGUCCGCUUGGUCGCCGUGCACACGCCCCUGCGCCAGCCAGCUCCAGGUCGGCUAUACGCAGCGGAACACGUCUGUGGUGGCGCCUCCGGGUCCAGGAGGCCUUUCGUGCCCCGCGCCCGACGAGCUCACCCAAGUGGAGACGUGUCGAGUGGAGCCGUGCGGAGGGGCGGCGUGGGUGGCCGGGGACUGGCGCCCUUGCACGCUCCCAGCCCGCGCCUCCUGUGGGCCUGGGCGGCAGACACGCCCACUCCUCUGCCGCGACCACUUGAACAACACGCUCCCGGCCUACAGGUGCGGAGGCCUGACCCGCCCCAGCCUGGAGCGUGCCUGCGAGGUAUCCUGCGGCACGGCCUGCACGGUCACUUCCUGGAGCGAGUGGUCCCCGUGCCUCUCCCCCGACCCGUGCCCCAUGGAUGGAGUCCUCGUGUCCUCAGUGCAGCGGAGGUGGAGGCGCGUCCUGGUAGCCCCAAGCGACGGAGGUUCACCGUGCCCGCCCCUGGAUGAGGAGAGAGGCUGUGCCCACGCGCCCGUCACCUGCAGCGCCCACCACUGGAGGGCGGGUCCCUGGUCACGCUGCGCCCUGGCCGACGACGUGGAGUGCGGCCUCGGCUUCAGGGUCAGGCGAGUCGAGUGUCUGGACGCCGUAGGGAACGUGGUCGAAGCAACGCACUGCCUGCUGGGGGAUAAGAUGGUGCCCGAGAGUAGCGCAGAGUGUGAAGUGUCCUGUACCACCCCUUGCGUGACCUCGACGUGGACGCCGUGGACCUCCUGCCCCGUCCACCCGCCCUGUGGACACUUUUCCUCCAGGACGAGGGAACUCCUGGACGAGUCCGCCGACAACCCUCUUUGCCAGAGCCUCAUCCUGGAGGAGAAGGAAGCAUGCCAGUGCCACAGCUUCUACACGAGACACUCCGGCUCGUGGUCAUCCUGCCUGGUGGGCGCGGGCAGCGAGGACGACUCCAAAGGAACGGGGAGUGCGGGCGUGUCUCCUCUCCUGGGGGCGGACAGCGGCUGGUGCGGCGUCGGCAGGAGGUACCGCGCCCUCCUCUGCAAUAGAGACGACGGGGUUCUGGCGCAUCCCAGCGCAUGCGGCCACGACGGGAUCGAGUCCGAGCCGUGCAUGGUGGAGUGCCCCUCGGACUGCCGCGUGGGGGCGUGGGGCGCGUGGAGUGCCUGCAACGCCUCCUGCGGCGCUGGAAUUCAGACCCGGAGAAGGGAGGUGAGAUCGGGAGCAGCGAGUGGAGAGGUUGUCCAGCCGAGUCUGUGGGGCGGAAGGCCUUGUCCGGAAACUCGCGAGGUCCGUGCCUGCUGGGGAGAGUGUAGUUCGUCGUGGGUGCCAGGCGGGUGGACGGAGUGUCAGCUCGGACCGAAGCAAGACUGUGGAAGUGGCACGCAGACGAGAAGUGUCAGGUGCAUGCGAGAGAGCGCCACGGGCCUCGAGGUAGAGGUUCCCCCGGAGGAGUGCGACGCCACGGCCCAGCUCCCGCGCCAACAGGCAUGUCGAGUGUCGUGUCCUGGAGAGUGCGUGGUUUCCUCGUGGUCGUCUUGGUCGCAGUGUCCACAGGGCUGCCCCGGGAGGAGCCACCGCAGCCGCAGCCGCGAGGUGGUCCGUCGCCCCGUGGGGAACGUAGCCACCUGUCCGCAGCUGGUGGAGGAGGAGCCGUGCCUGAGGGGCGUGUCGUGCUGGCUCUACUCGUGGCACGUCGGGAAUUGGACCUCCUGCGUGCCCUUGGGUCACUCCUCCUGCGGCGAGGGCGUCAGGAACCGGCCGGUCACUUGCAUUCGCUCCGGGGACAUGGCGGUGCCGGAGAGGUUCUGCCCUAGGGACACGCGCCCGACGCCGCAGGAGACGUGGUGCUACGUGGACUGCCCCAUCGACUGCGAGGUGACGCCCUGGACUCCGUGGGACGACUCCAAGUGCUCUUGUGGCGAGAACUCCGGCGAGAUGAUUCGCCACCGGUACCUGUCCGUCAACCCGAGUGAGUCAGGCCGCCCGUGCCCCGCCAACCUGCAGGAAUCACGCCCAUGCCCUGCUAUACCGUGCUACACGUGGGAGCGAGGCCCGUGGUCGCAGUGCAAGCUAGAGGGAGGCGAGUGCGGACACGGUUACGUCGAGAGGAACGUGUCGUGCGUGGGUCCAGGAGGCCAGACGGUCGCCCCGCAGCUGUGCCUGGCGCUGGUCCACGUCGGGGGCCACACCUGGCCUUACCUGGCCCGGGCGCUCGAUCUCAAUACGAAGGACGGGUGCUAUGUUCCCUGCGAAGGAGACUGCGAACUGACGGAGUGGACGUCAUGGUCACACUGCCACCGAGACUGCUACAGAGGCCACCAGGGAGGGACGCAAACCAGAUCCCGAGCAGUGCUGACCGAAGGAACUCCCCAGCGAGCCGACUCCAGGAGCUCCUGUCCCGGACCCCUGUGGGAAACCCGCCCUUGCCUGGCCGGCCCUUGCCUCAACUUCACGUGGGAGAUACGCAACGGCACCGUGGAGUGCGUGCGGGGCGACGGCCUCGUUGUGACAGGAGGAUGUGAGGGCACGCCAAGACCGUGCCUUCCAGAGUGCACUGUCCGCGGGUCCGUGUGCUCAGGCCUCGGCGCGUGUGUCUGCCAGUCGGGGCUCAGACCGCGCUAUUCCGAAAAGCAGAGAUUUCGUCUGACUGCUUGCGUGCCCGUGCUCAACCUGACUUUCCCCUUGCCCCUCCCUCUGUCCGAAGCUAAAUACCUGCCAGAAGACAUAAACGUGUGGAUGUUUGCCAUGGUGGGCGUCGGCAGCGCUUUUGUGGUGUUCGUUGCCAUAUCCAUGUACCUUCUGUGCCAAAGCCCCCGGGAACAGACGAGCACGCCCGUCACACUGCGACGGCAAAAAACUCUUCGCCACCGCCCAGUGUGA